AUGUAUAGCCUCUCCAAUAUGGCUUUUGCCCGAACCAUGACCAUGCGCGCAGUUGUGUGCCCUAGUGCCCCCAUACCACCCUCGAAACUCGUCUACAAUGUGUCCCAUCCCACUCCUGCACCAAAACAAGGUCAUGUACUAAUUCGAGUGAAAGCUUUUGGCCUGAACAGGUCGGAAUUAUUCACUCGGCAAGGCCAUUCGCCUGGGAUAACAUUUCCUCGUGUGCUUGGAAUUGAGUGCGUUGGCCUGGUUGAGGACGCGGGUGGAGGCAGCUGGAACAAAGGCGACGUCGUAGCAGCUAUCAUGGGCGGCAUGGGACGUCAAUUCGACGGUGGAUAUGCGGAAUAUACACUCGUACCCAAGUCGGCCGUUUCUCAGCCAGUGCGGCUUCCUGAAGGCAUGAGCUGGGCAGAUUUUGCUGCCGUACCAGAGACAUUUCUCACAGCUUGGGGAACACUCGCUCAAUCCCUCAACCUCCAGCCGACGGACACUCUCCUCAUCCGCGGCGGUACAACAAGCGUCGGACUUGCCUGCUCCACGCUCGCCCGCUCCUCUCUCUUCAACUGCCAGAAGGUCAUCUCGACCACCCGUUCCCCCAGCAAAAUCAACGCCGUCGAAGCCGCUGGCGCCACCGACGUCAUUGUGGACAGAACGGGCGAGUCCAUUGCGGACCAGGUCAAGGCACUCACAGGCGGCGGUGGCGCUACCAAGUGCGUUGAGUUGGUUGGGGGGACGACGCUCGUGGAUUCGUGUAAGUCCUUGACACCGACAGGGGUUGUCUCCAUGAUUGGAUGCGUGUCCGGCGAGUGGACGUGCAAAGAAUUCGACCCGAUGAUGACGCUCGCUCCUUCCAAACACUUGACAAUGUUCGGUUCAGCCACCAUCGACGUCGCAAACGCUCCGAUCCAAUGGAUCGUAGAUGCUGCUUCUCGGGGCGAGCUCAAACUCAACCUAGACAAAGUGUUCAAGAUGGAGGAAGCUGGCGCGGCCCAUGAAUAUAUGGAAUCCAAUGCUGCGGCAGGGAAGGUCGUUUGUGUCGUCGACUGA